CCAUCGACCCUGGUACAUUAGGAAAUAUUUGAAGUGCAUCUCUUUCUCAAUAUGACACACUGGUCUGACACGUCGGCUAUACUCCCCUUCAUUGCGGGGGUUCACAUACACUGAGAGAACUAUAACCGUUUCAGUUUGCGCCGUUUUCUUUGAAGAAGAACCCAUAAACAUAGCAUUAAUUCUUCCUCUUCAUUCAGCAGGUGAUGCGUACUGGUCGCAGACAUAUUUGUGUAGUAAUUUUUUUUCUGUGGUUCUUUGUCGAUUGGAAUGUUUUCAGUCUACUGACAUCUAUCGGAUUGGAGAGCAUUGCUGCCACGACAAUCGGGGCUCUAAAACUAUUUUACAUUAUUAACCCUCGAGCUGCCUGCAGUAUAUUAUGAAUAUAUCAGCAAAUAUGUACAUAAGGAGGUCAGUACAGUACAGUGUUGAAAAUGAAAUGCAGAAUCAGCAGACGUUGGGCGGAGAUCCAUGUGUCUGAUAGCUGGAAGACGUCUCUCCCUAAACAUAAGGAAAUAACGAAGAGAAAUAAUAUAAAACAUUCAUGAUUAAUUCGGUGCUUCAGAAAACUCGGCAGUACUUUUGCGGAAUCCUCAACUGUACAUGUGUUAGAUCAUUUAUUCGCGCAAUUUGCGGCAUUCACCCGUUUUGGCGUCGCUCAGUAUGUGGUGGCAUCAUCCUGUGCUGUAUAUACCAUCGACGCACUUACCUCCUUGGUGGUAUUCGCUGGAUGUGGCAAGGCAUAGAACACUGUUGCACCUCCUUUUUCCAUCAUUUAUGUCGUACAUACAAUUACAUCCGCAGAACACUCGCCUUUCCAGGUCUGGAUGCGGGGGCAGCAGUCUCAGCAGGGACACCCAGACUUCCCUCUCCCCGGCCACUUCCUCCAGCUCCUCCGGGGGAAUCCCCAGGUGUUCUCAACCCAGCCGAGAGACCAUCAAGUUUCAUCAUGAUUAUUAUUAAUAUUAUUCUUAAUGUAUGGCGUAUUGUCCGAGAAUUCUUUUUCCCUUCCCCAGUAAAAGUCCACGUGCUGGUUGCUGGAGAAACUUUCCAGACCCAAGACACCUUCAUACAAAAGCUGAAGCUGCAGAUAGAGCCCUGCAGUGCAGAGAGCAGCAGCAUCAUCCUGGUCUUCUGUCCUGUUGUUUCUCGGAUUGGGACAGACAUGGAGGCAGCAAUGGCCAGAGUUACAGAAGACAAACCUGUCAUCCUGGUGUUCAUGCACCACUGCCAUGAUCCCAGUCACAUGACCAACAUCACAGUGCAACCGACUGAGAGCAAAAUCGUGCUAGUUGUGCACUCCGUCUUCCUUGAAAAUAAAGGGCUGCUGGCAUGCGAAGAAAACAAUCAGGCAGUUGUCAUGGUGUGUUCAGAGCUGAAGAAAUACAAGUGAAGAAAACCAUGAAGAAAUACUACAGGGAAACACAGAUUAGCACUAAAUAGCACAUAGUUUUUGCUAUUAUACACAGUUUAUAUUUGCCCAAGUCGUCCACUGCACCUUUUUCGAAAAUGAAGGGCUGUUGCAACGCAAAGAAAACAAGCAGGGAGACGCCGAGGUCCGUAUGAUGCUGCAGAAGUACCAGCUAAGAAACAGACCCUUUACGGGGAAAGAUUAAAAUCAACAAAAUCAGUUAUUUGCAAGGAAUAUGUGUGAUUAUUCAGCUGAGGAAUUUAACUGUGUAUUCAGUACAUUUUGCUUGAGAAAUGCCCGCCAUAUAUGCAUAUACUGUGUACAUAUGUAUAUCAUAUAACUGGCCCUAUUAUAAAAAGAUAUAUCUAAUUGUU